AUGUUAUCUGCAGAUUUUACGAGUGGCAUUUUCAUUGACAAUUUUGGCUCGACCAGUAGUCACUUGCCAUCAAGUCAUAAAACAAUUUUACAAGCUGAAUUGAAUAUUUGUCAAAAUAUUCGUUUCGAUUUUAUUGUUCUUUGGGAUUCAACAGCUGAAAUAUGGGAAAAUAUUCAAAUUGCCAAAUCUUUAGGUGGAACGUAUCCACACAUUAUUUUUCAAAACCCAUUAACAAAAACAGCAUUUCAAAAAUCCGAUGUACUGAUUUUUGUGACCGGUGGAGAAAUCGAUCAAGACAGUGUGACAAAAUUUGCAUCCCAUACGACAGGUAAUUUGAAUAAAGCUUUAACCAUUUGCAUUAUUGUACACAGUAAGCCCAACAAUCCAUCAAAUAUUAAUAUUUCGGUUGUUGCUCCAUUGAUGGUAGCACCGAAUGUUUUAUGUCUAUUUGACGAUGAUGAAACAUUUUAUAUUUUGUCAUCAAAACGUUCUAUUAGUAGAAUUUAUUCAUCACCGAAUACUUUAACAGAUUAUCAACAAUUGCCUACACUCAAGAAGGAUGAACUCUUUCAAAAUGUAAUCAUCUAUGAACAUAUUAAAAUUCCUAAUGAUUACAUUAAUAUUCGUGAAACUGAACAAGAAAUCGUUGCAUUAGAUUUCGAGAAAUUUAUUAAUACAAAAUAUAGUAAUUUGAUAACAAAUAUCGAUCAUGAAGAAUAG